AUGAUUGCAGAACUCGACAAGGCGUUGUAUGGCCUUCGCGAGUCGCCACUCCUCUGGUAUAACGAGCUCGCCCAAGCGCUCAAUGAGGCAGGAAUCGACCGUACGGAUGAAGAACCAUGCGUCUUCACCAAUGGCAAGGUCCUCGUGCUCGUCUAUGUCGAUGAUAUUCUGAUACUCAGCCCGAGGCAAGAGAAACUGGCAGUCAACGAUCUCGUCAAACAGCUCCAAUCCAAGUACGAAAUGCGCGAGGACAAGUUCAAAUGGUAUCUUGGAAUUAGAGUCAUCCGGGAUCGACCAAACCGGAAAAUCUAUCUCUGCCAGGAUGCCUACAUCGAGAAAAUUGCGCGCAAAUUCAAGCUGACUGACUCAAGGCUCCCGCGCGCAAUCAAGUAUGACGGACAGGCCAGUAAGGAAGAGAUAAAGGACUUUCAAGAACGCGUGGGCUCCUUGAUGUAUAUCGCAGUCAUAACCAGGCCGGAUGUAGCACGAGCAGCAGCUCAGCUUGCAAGGUUCCUGGCAAAUCCAUCACCUGAACACCGUGCUGCAGCCGACCAAUGCAUCCGUUACCUCUAUACAACGAAGUUCUUGGCGAUCGUCUAUGAUGGCAUGCACCCAGGAGAGGCUCUUGUGAUUGCAAGCGACGCAUCAUUUGCAGACGAUGUUGAGACUCGGCGCUCGUCACAGGGAUACGUGAUGCUGCUAUUCAACGGACCGGUUGUUUGGAAGGCUGGACUCCAAGACACAGUUACGACCUCGACAACAGAAGCAGAACUCCUAAGUCUCGAGAGAACAACCAAAGAGAGUUAUGCCCUGGACCGGCUGCUCCGGGAUAUCUCCCUUGAUCUUGGGCCUCUGAAGAUAUACUGCGAUAAUCUUCAGUCGAUCCGACUUGUGGUGGAAGAAAACCAACGAAUAACAACAAAGCUCCGGCAUGUUGAUAUACAAAACAUGUGGCUCAAACAAGAAUUCAGAAAAGGCAGGUUCCUAGUCGAGUACUUAAAGACUGAUCAGAUGCCAGCAGACGGCUUAACGAAAGCUCUAUCCAGAUCGAAGUUCGAGCACUUCCGAUCAAUGUUGAAUCUGAUAGAUAUCAAGAGGGAGGUCGACCUAGAUAUGCCCACUUCCUCUGGGAGGCAGCGCAACGAGCUGGAUGAGUCGCUGGGCGAUAUCACAGUUACUGACCGCAUCUUAGACGACGCCGAUGUCUUGACGGCAAUGUCUUCGAAACCUUUGAUUCAUACAUCACCGACCCGAAUAACUGGCUCUUUCUCGAGUGAUGCUGCACCGAGAUAA